ACAGAGGCCUGAAUUCCUUCUUCUUCUUCUUCGCCUAACCAGUCCAAUUCACUUUUUGAUUUCUCUCUCUCUCUCUCUCUCCUUCGCUGAAAAUCAAGCACCGAGCCAAGCUCGGUGUAGAGGAAGGAAGGAAGGAUGACCUUGGGCCUGAUCAACGCGAAUCCCGUGGUUCAUGCCAAGAAGGAAAGAAUCGCUCGGAAUGAGGAUCUUCAUUUUGAUGAUUCCGUUGAUCCUCUGGAAAUUUAUGAUUACGUGAGGGAUAUAAGAGAUCCGGAGCAUCCAUAUUCAUUAGAACAACUCAGUGUCCUUUCUGAGGAGUCUGUUACUGUUGACGAGAAGCUUGGCCGCAUUCUGAUAACCUUCACUCCCACCAUCCAGCACUGUAGCAUGGCAACUGUUAUUGGAUUAUGCUUGAGGGUUAAACUGAUGGAGUGUUUUCCACCUCAUUUCAAGCUUGACAUUAAAGUGGCACCUGGAUCUCAUGCUGAUGAAGAAUCAGUUAAUAAACAGUUGAAUGACAAAGAACGAGUUGUGGCUGCAUUGGAGAAUCCAAACCUUCGCCAACUUGUCGACGAGUGUCUCUACUCAAGUGAACUAUAGAGUUGACUAUCAUCAACUGAAUAAUUUUGUACAGGUAAAACAUCAUUGUUAGUAAGCUUAUUAUUAUUUUAGGUGCUGUUGUGUAAUGUACUUCUGAGUUUUUCUACAACAACAUAUUAUCCUCUUGGAAACUGUUUAUUAUGAAUCACCAUGGUUUUGUUCGAAUCAUUAACUCUA